UUCUACUUCAACAUUCCCUCAUCCAUCCGCCGAAUCAGCACUUUGGACGCCAAUUGACGCCCAUCAUGUCUGUCAGAACUCUUAGAAUCGGCCUCAUCCCCGGUGACGGCAUCGGCAAGGAGGUCAUCCCCGCCGGCCGCCGCGUCCUCGAGGCCCUCCCCUCCUACCUCGGCCUCAAGUUCGAGUUCACCGACCUCAAGGCCGGCUUCGAGACCUUCGAGCAGACGGGCGCCGCCCUCCCCGACAAGACGGUUGAGAUCCUCAAGAAGGAGUGCGAUGGCGCCCUGUUCGGCGCCGUCUCCUCCCCGACCACCCCCAAGCUCGACCUCUACGCCAACGUCCGCCCCGUCAAGACCGUCCUGACCGCCGCCAAGCCCAUCGACAUGGUCAUUGUCCGCGAGAACACCGAGGACCUCUACGUCAAGGAGGAGAAGACAUACGACGGCCCCAACGGCAAGGUCGCCGAGGCCAUCAAGCGCAUCUCCGAAAACGCCUCCCACCGCAUCGCCGCCAUGGCCGGCGAGAUCGCCCUCCGCCGCCAAAAGAUCCGCGACGCCGGCGCCGCCAGCAUCCACUCUCGCCCCCUCGUCACAAUCACCCACAAGUCCAAUGUCCUCUCCCAGACCGACGGCCUCUUCCGCGCCACCUCCAAGGCCGCCCUCGCCGACCCCCGCUUCGCCGGCAAGGUUUCCGUCGAGGAGCAGAUUGUCGACUCCAUGGUCUACAAGCUUUUCCGCCAGCCUGAGGACUACGACGUCAUCGUCGCACCCAACCUGUACGGCGACAUCCUCUCCGACGGCGCCGCUGCCCUCGUCGGCUCUCUCGGUCUUGUGCCCAGCGCCAACGUCGGCGAGGGCUUCGCCAUCGGCGAGCCCUGCCACGGCAGCGCCCCGGAUAUCCAGUUCCAGAACAUUGCCAACCCCAUUGCCACCAUCCGUUCCGCUGCCCUCAUGCUCGAGUUCCUCAACGAGGAGACCGCUGCCGCCAAGAUCUACGCCGCCGUCGAUGCCAACCUCGAGGAGGGCAAGCUUCUCAGCCCUGACUUGGGCGGUACCGCCAAGACCACUGAGGUCAUUGAGGACAUUCUCCGCAGACUGUAAGGUGGUGGUGUGAUAGUAUUGGAUUUUAUUUUAUUUUGAGAGGCUAAAGUCGUGAGGACUGGAUAUGGCAGUCGACGCGACGGUAGUCGCGCCUUUGAUACCUACCAUAUUACCCAAAAGCACAUGUUUCUUGACUUGACUUGACUUGAGCCAGUGUUCCUGAAUGUGCAUAAUGUCGAUGUGAAAAGACGUGAAGGGACUGGAAGGGAAACAAACCGUUCCUUUGCUCCUCCACUUACGAAAGCCUGAACAGCGCGGACUCGCCAAGCAACGGUUUCAUCUCAGUCCAAAAAGGUUGGGUCCCGAAGGACAUGGAAUACGCACUCACGAAUAAACUACAACCACUCCACCCUUGCCUGUAUAGGCCAAAAUUCUCUGGAUGGGAAGCACUGAGCGCCGUCUGAAUGUGUCUAAGACCUAGUGGUGUAAGCAUUUACGCAUAAUUGGGUCCUGCGAAGGUUGCGAGUUCG